CAAUCAGCUAGAUGAUGAACUAGAUGAACGGCUAUCGCCUGUUCAGUUUAGUGAGUCGUUCGAUUGAACUUAUUCCGAACGAUUCGAUACAACGUGUGCAGAAAAAUAUCGCACCGCACUUCCCCCCAAUUAACACACAUUCAGCCUUUUGCUAGUGAAGCUCACUCCCGCAAGAAGAAACCACAGCACAAGCCAAGAUGUUCAUUUGGGACUGGUUCACGGGUGUUUUGGGAUACUUAGGUCUAUGGAAAAAGUCCGGCAAAUUAUUGUUCCUUGGCUUGGAUAAUGCUGGUAAGACCACAUUAUUGCAUAUGCUCAAAGAUGAUAAGCUGGCGCAGCAUGUGCCAACACUGCAUCCAACAUCUGAGGAGCUGUCCAUAGGCAAUAUGCGUUUCACUACAUUCGAUUUGGGUGGCCACACUCAAGCGCGUCGUGUCUGGAAGGAUUACUUUCCAGCCGUGGAUGCCAUCGUAUUCUUGAUAGAUGCGUGGGAUCGCGGUCGGUUCCAGGAGAGCAAAAACGAACUGGAUUCGCUGCUCACAGAUGAGGCGCUGUCCAACUGCCCGGUGCUCAUAUUGGGCAACAAAAUUGAUAAGCCUGGCGCGGCCAGCGAGGACGAGCUGAGAAAUGUGUUUGGACUGUAUCAGUUAACGACCGGCAAGGGCAAAGUUGCACGCUCCGAGUUGCCUGGUCGCCCGUUGGAAUUGUUCAUGUGCUCUGUGCUGAAGCGACAAGGUUAUGGCGAGGGUUUCCGUUGGUUAGCGCAGUAUAUUGAUUAAGUCUUGAUUAACAUAAACAAACAAUAACACACUAAAUUCAACAACAACAACAACCAAUCACACAACAAAACACAGACAGAGAACUUGGCUAGCAAAACAUCAAUUAAAUUCAGAAUGGACAAAAACCAGAAACAGUAAGCAAUUCGAAGCUGCAAGCGCAAUAUUCAAUUUUUACACAAUGAUAAACAAUAAAUCGUAAAUAUAAAAGCAAAAGGGAACUAAAUUAAAUAAAAAUAAUAAAACACAUAAAUAAGAAAUAAAAGCAAAACAAUUUUUUUAAAAAAUCACAAAGUGCAAAAACUUCUAAAAAUUCAAUACACGCAGGACGCCAAAAUAAUAAAAACAAAGUCAAAAGCAAAAAACAAAAUAAAAAUGGGAAAACUUGAGAGGAAUGCGUGGGAAAAGCUUUUAAAAAUAAUUAUGUAUGAAUAAAAAAUUGUAGCGAAUUAAAAGGUGAUUUUUUUAAGGACCAUGUGCUUGCUUAUGUUCCAUAAAUAAAUUUUAUUAUUUAAACAUUUGAA